AUGUCUUUCCGUCCGUUUGAAUUCUCAGUAGUUCUUCGCGUGUUCUCGUUUCUGCGCCAUUUGACGAACGAUUUUGCGCAGUCUUCGAACCGCCGCGUGGAGGAAUUCUCGCUACUGAAGCUUGAAGAGGAGCCCGUUGCCAUGAAAUUCGGGAAAGAAUUUGCGAGCUACCAAAUUCGCCUCCAGGAAUCGACAGACCUGACCGCGCGCUUCCCGCAGGUUGACUACCGCGCGCUCAAGAAGAUUCUCCGCCGCUGCAUCUCCUCCCGCGCGCUGCGCGCUGAGCUGCAGGCGCAGGCGGAGGCGGAGCUGCACGCGGACGGGGAUGCGGGAGCGGAGCAUGCGGAAGCGGAUGCAGUGAGGGCAGCGGCGGAGGCGGGGUGGGAAGAGGCGAAGGCGGAGCUCAAGCGUUCCGUGGCGAACUGCGCAGUAACGUCAUGCGCCCGCGGGGAGCUUUCCGCGCCAGCAGCGACCCUGGCAGCGGGGGCGACGGCGGCGGAAAAAGCGCCGCCAGCAGCGGCGGAUGCCGGCGCCAGUGGGUGCGCGCGGUGCGAUGCGGAGUUUUUUGGGUUACUAGAAGCUGAGUUAAUCAGCAUCGAACGGAGCUUCAAUUCCGCUGCCACGCGGCUGUUGAGCUGUCACAACGCGAGAGGCCUCCAGCUCAUUUGCCACGUGCUCUCGCCACGUCAGCUCUUCUCGUGCGGACACGGUGGCAGGAGUCCGCGCUGGCAUUCGCACAAGCCAGCGGCCCUCCACCACGCAGCGAGCAGUCUGCUGGAACACCUCGCUAUAAGCUUUCUCGCUACGCAUAAGAUCAUCAAGAAAUACAUCAAGGUACACCGCGGAACGAGCCUCAGCCCGAGCCUCGGCGUAUGUCACGCACUCGCGACCCCCGAAUCGUGGGAGUUUGUCACUCGCAUGCGGCGCCUCCAGGCGCGAAUCGUGCGGUCGCCGUUGCUCAUCGAAGUGACUGCCAUGGCGGCCAAUCUAGACCUCGCAGUGGGGGGAGGAGAGAGAGGAGAAGAAGGAGGAGGAGAGAGAGGAAGAGGGGGAUGGGGAAUGGGAGGAGGUGAGAGAGGAGGAGGAAUGAAUGGCCAGAGGAGGGAAGUGAAAUGCCUGAAGGAGUGUGGGGCAAGUGGUGAGAGUGAUGCGGAGAGUGACGCCACAGUGUGUCCGCUGCUCGGCUCGAAGCUGCUGCUGAAAGAGGAGUUCCGGGCAACAGUUGACGUCACUUGCCCCGUGUGUUUGGAGGUUCCCUUUGACCCUGUCUCCCUCGCCUGCACGCACAUCUUCUGCCGCGGCUGUGCUUGCUCCGUGGCGCACGUCCCAGUGUUCUUUGGGCUGGAUUCCGCAUCGCCCCACAUCACGUGUCCGCUGUGCCGCCAGCAGGGGGUGUUCCGACAGCCCCGGUCUCUGAGGGAACUGCAUAGACUCAUCAUGGCCAGGUAG